UCACAUUCAUUCUGAAUAAUUAAACGUUCGUGAACGAUAGGGCUGAGUGCGAAAUCAUAUUAAGAUCCACUGUAAAAUCGUUUGUGAUAUUACUUUAAUGCCUAACUGCGCGUUAAAUCUCUUAAAAUUCUCACUAAAUUAUAUAGUCAUGCCUGUUUCGUCUAUCAAAAAAGGCCACGCAGGAAUUUGAAUUAAGUGUAAGUUGUGUGUUAGUUGAUGGAGCAAAUAACGUUUCAAAAAAUAAGCUACAACCUUUUAAGCUCUUUGUGCCAAAAGAAGACGUAAAGUUUCAUGACGAUUCGGUAAUUUUGUGCCCUGACCAUGAAGAUUAGACUUUUGAGCAGUUUUUCUCAAAACUGCAUUUUCUGAAGUGUUAUGUUCAGAGCACCAUUCUUCCAGUUUAUUUUGAACUUUUUUGCAUUUGUCUCCGUCGAAAUAUUUGCAAAAUACUCUUUUACGCUGUGAUGUUGAUGACUAAAUAUUAAACUUCUAUCGACUGAAGUACUUUUCCUGUGUAUACGGUCACAAAAAUAAGACAAUGAGUGGUUAGGAGUAGUGGUUUCUUCUUGCAAAAUGUAGUCCAAAUAGUAUUCUAGAAAUUUUAUGAAAAAGGCGAGGAGUGUACUUUGUGUGCCUCUCUUUUUAGAGAGAAAAUAAUUGAAAUAUUGGUAAAGACAUAUAAUAAGAGAUGAAUCUCCGACUUGUUUUGUUCUUUUUAAUCGCCGGUGGCUUGUCAGAGGCGUUCAAAAUAUUGGUUUUGUACCCUACGCCUGCUGUCAGUCACCAACGUCCAAUCAUGGCCCUAACAGAGAGAUUGGUGCGGGAUGGUCAUGAACUGUUCGUUGUCAGCCCAAAUGUUGUACCGAUUUUGGCGAAUCAUAGCAACUACACCUUCGUAGACGUAUCCUUUUCCUACCAGUAUUACGCGCACUCAACUGAGAAGAAAGAUGACGUCGCUGACUUACAACGAAAACUAUCCAAGUAUGAGGUUUUGUCGUUUUUCGUGCCCUACGCUGACAUACCCAGGAAGCAAUUUUUAAGCGAAGAAUUUCUAAACUUCAAGAAGCGCGUGGAAUCCGAAAACCUCCGAUUCGACGCCGUGAUCGCGCAGACGUUCUCCCUCCCAUACGCGGCCCCGAUGUCGCGGAUCCUCACCAAAAACGCACCGAUCAUCACGAUGUCCUCCUUCGUCAUCGACCACUUCGCCGAGGACCUCCUGGGCAGCGUCAUGCACCUCUCCUUCGUGCCCUCCAUCUUCGGUCACUACACGGAUCGGAUGAGCCUCUGGCAGAAACUAGAGAACUGGGUCUCGCAUCGAUAUUUGAUGUCCCGGAUCACGGAGAUCAUGGAGGCCGGCGCCAGGAGGUAUUUCACGGAGGCCUACGGUCCUCAAGGAGGAGAUCUCGUCGAUGGAUGUUGGGAGAGCAUUAGUUUGGCUUUGAUCACGUCCAACGCGAUGUAUUUUUACCUGAGGCGUCUCGGACCCAACGUCGUAGAGGUUGGGCCUUUGCAUCUCACAAGGCCGGAGGUACUCCUUCAGAAUCUGCAAGAAUGGCUGGAUGGUGCAGGGAGAGGAGUGAUUUAUUUCAGCCUCGGGAGUAACUUCAGGAGUGCCUCCCUGCCCAAAGAUGUUAUCAAUAAUCUCCUCAAAGUUUUCGAGGCGCUACCGAAUGGUUACCGAGUUCUUUGGAAGUUCGAAGUGGAUAGUGAAGAUUUAGGACAACAUGAUAAUGUCCUAAUUCAAAAAUGGAUGCCUCAACAGAGUGUCCUCGCGCAUCCUAAGGUAAGAGUGUUCAUGACGCAAGGAGGGCUGCAGAGUUUCCAGGAAGCUGUGCAUUACGGCGUGCCACUGGUUGGCAUUCCCUGGUUCGGAGAUCACGAAUGCCAAGUCUCCAAAAUGAUGGACGCCAAAAUCGGGGAACGAUUGGCGCCAGAAGACCUAUACUCGGUAGAAAAAAUUAAGGAAGCUCUCGAGAGAGUUCUAUAUGACGACCGCUACUUAAAAAACAUGCGGAAACUUUCGAGUAUAUCGCAGGACUUCACAUCGCAAGCCUUGGACAAAGCCGUUUUCUGGGUAGAACAUGUGGCUCGCCACGGUGGAGCAUCUCAUCUGAGGCCAUCUACUGCUGAUGCGACACUAUCCGAAUACUUCUGCCUCGAUCUCAUAUCCACGAUCUUAGUUUUAACCAGCACUAUUUGCUUCAGUAUUCACUUUGUGUACAGGUUGAUCGUAAUUGUGUAUCGGAAACCACAUUUGAAAUUAAAAGACUCCUAAAAUACAGUCUAUUGUUUAGAA